CCCCCGGCCCUGCAGAUGUGGCAGUGAAUCAUGUCGACACCCCAGGGCCUGCUAUGGGUCCCCCCGGUUUGCACCCCACUCUGGAACUGGAACUUGCUUUGCUGGGUGGCGGCAUUCGCACUCGGGGCAACCGUCACCCAGGGCCAAGCUCAGUACCCCGUGGUUAACACAAACUAUGGCAAGAUUCGGGGUCUACGAACGCCUCUGCCCAACGAGAUCUUGGGGCCCGUGGAACAAUUCUUGGGGGUCCCCUAUGCCUCCCCGCCUACCGGGGAGCGACGCUUCCAGCCCCCCGAACCCCCUUCUUCCUGGACCGGGGUGCGGAAUGCCACCCAGUUCCCGCCCGUGUGUCCCCAACAUCUGGACGAGCGGUCUUUGCUGCACGACAUGCUCCCCAUCUGGUUCACGGCCAACCUGGACACGCUAAUCACAUACGUGCAGGACCAGAACGAAGACUGCCUGUACUUGAAUAUCUACGUCCCCACGGAGGACGACAUCCACGAGCAACACAGCAAGAAGCCCGUGAUGGUCUACAUCCAUGGCGGGUCCUACAUGGAGGGCACCGGGAACAUGAUCGACGGCAGCAUCUUGGCGAGCUACGGCAAAGUCAUCGUCAUCACCAUCAACUACCGCCUUGGAGUCUUGGGUAGAGUGGCAAGGGAAUAUGACGUCAUGGCGUCCCGUGAAGUCAUCACUCCAGAGAUAGACAGGCGCAGUCGCAACAUGACAUCAUGGAACUUCAAUGGAGCCGGAACCUUCGGAGACUACCUCGUGUGCACCGGCCGGACUCACCGGAAGAAGACACCAAGUAUGGGCAGUGACGCCCGGCCGGACUCACCGGAAGUGGACACCAAGUGCUGGCAGUGA